AUGGAUGAAGCCGGGGCCAAUGCUACUGUUGCAAGGAUUUCCAACUCCAGCAUGAUGCUGGGGCCACGGAAUUCCAAUCUGUUUGACAUUGAUAUCUCUGGGAACGGCUCCCCGGCUUUGAGAAUCAGCAUUUCCAUCACCUACUCCAUCGUGUGUGCCAUUGGCUUGGUGGGCAACUUGCUGGUCUUCUUCCUGAUGAGAGUGAAGCAAGGGCGCAAGAAUUCCACCAUCAACUUCUUCAUCCUCAACUUGGCGGUGACCGACUUCCAGUUUGUACUGACCUUGCCGUUCUGGGCGGUGGACACGGCUCUGGACUUUAGCUGGCCCUUCGGGGACGCCAUGUGUAAGAUCAUCCUGUCGAUCACCGUGAUGAACAUGUAUGCCAGUGUCUUCUUCCUCACCGCCAUGGCCAUGGCCCGCUAUUGGUCGGUGGCCUCGGCUCUCAGGUCCCGGAGGAGCCGCCUGCAGUGCUCGGUCAGAUGGGUCAGCUUGCUGCUUUGGCUGGCGGCCAGUGUGGCCACUCUGCCCACCGCUGUGUUUGCCAGAACCAUGCCCUUGGACGGCGAGAAACUGUGCCUGCUCAAUUUUCCUGACGACGGCCAGUACUGGCUUGCGCUGUACCAUAUCCAGAAGAUCACGCUGGCGUUUGUCCUGCCCAUGAUCACCCUGUCGGUCUGUUAUUUUCUCCUGCUCCGAAUCCUGGCUCAGCACCACAUCAGCAGCAACAAUCCCAGGAGAAAGUCCCGAGUCACCAGGUCCAUCACCGUGCUCAUGCUAGCUUUCUUUCUGUGUUGGCUUCCCAAUCACGUUAUCACCCUCUGGGGCGUCCUGGUUAAACUCAAUGCGGUGCCUUGGGACAAAACCUACUAUACUUUACACGCUUAUGUGUUCCCAGUCACUGUCUGCUUGGCGCACACCAACAGUUGCCUGAAUCCGGUGCUGUACUGCUUACUGAGGAGAGAUUUCCGCCAGUCCAUGAGGAAGAUCUUCUGGAAGAUAUCUUCGCCCGGCCUCAGCCACGCUUGUGCCAUCCGACCCUACUCCGGCCCCUUCAAAGCCGAGCUCCCUGUGGGAAUCCCUCUGAACGUCAUGGAGGGAGAGCGCUGUCAGUCAUCCUCCCAGUGUAACAGGCGGCGUGAGGGCACUGUGUCCAAGUGCAGCGUCUAG